GAUGUCUCCUGCCUUUGUCCCGAGCUUUGUCCUGAUCUGACUAGUUUUUGCGCCAUGGAAAGAAUGGCUCAAAGUGAAGCUCGAGAAUUGAAGCCUGUGGCAGGUGAUGUUGAGACUGGUGCUUCUUCAAUUCCUGUCGUAGGAAAGAGAAAAAGUGGUGUUCAGCGUAAAAGAGAGUUUGAUGGCUUGAUUGGACUUGUCAAUAUUGGGAAUUCUUGUUAUAUGAAUUCAUCAAUUCAGUCACUAUCGAACUGUCCUCCUUUUAGACAGUACAUGACUGAAUGUUUACCUGCUCAAUCUAGUGAUAGUCUUGCUGCUGCUCUUUCUCUUAUUUUGACAAAAAUGUGGAAAUCGGAAAGGAAUCCUGGAAGUUUAAGUCCAAGACCUGUUAGCUCCUCUAUGAAGCAGAAAAUGUUUAGAGGUUGGCAGCAGCAAGAUGCUCAGGAGUUUUUGCGUUGUUUAUUCAGUCAGAUACACGAUGAGUUGAGUGUUCCAUUGCCACACUAUUAUAAAGAAUUUUGUCAGAAUCAAACUCAACCAGCCACAUGUAUACUGCAGUCACAGGUGUCUGAAUCUUUAUCUGAAAGCUCAGAUUCUGAAUUACUUACACCUCAUAGUCUAUUGAGGUCACACAGUUUGUCAUCUUGUGAUCAACCGAUGGCUCCUUCAAAAAUUCAACUUAAGAAAUCUUCUAAUACUUUUCCGUCUUUUAAGUCAAAAGUAUCAAAGAAGGGCUUCUAUACGCAACUAAGCGAAACCCUAAAGAAAGGAAAGGUAGCCAACAGUGCUAAUAGUGAAGCUUGUACUUCUGAUCCUAAUGAUGAUAAUUCUGAUAGUACAUCUAGAAGAGACUUUUGUUUGAAUGAACAUUCUACUGUUAUUGUUGAUAUAGCAUCCGGUCAAGCAACUGUUCGGGAUACUGUAACAGACCGCCAGUCGAUUACACCUGAGCAUAAGGAUCGUGUAAGAAAGGCUUCAGGACCAAGUCAACCUUUACAUGUAAGUAUUGUCACUCAAACUUUCCAAGGAGAGUUUGAAAGUCGAGUGGAGUGCUCAAAGUGCUCCAAAGUUUCUGUAACGAGGGAACCAUUUCAGGAUUUAUCUCUUCCAAUUCCAAGCAGAAAAGAAAUGACUAAGAUGAGGAAACAGGAGGAUGCUAAUGAUGCAGAUCCACCAACUCAUGAUAAUGUGGCUAAUCGUGUUUGCCGUGUUUGGGAUAUUGUGAUUGGUUUUACACGUGACAUGGUUACUGGUCCUCCUACUUCACUAGAUGAUUGUCUUGGAUAUUUUUUUGACACUAGUGAUCUAUCUGGUGAUAAUCAAUAUUUUUGUGAGCAUUGCAAAAGUUUUCAAAAUAGCAAGAAGGGAAUGAUAAUAUCUAAGUUACCUGAGAUUUUAUGCAUUCAUAUUAAGAGAUUUCGAUAUGAUGGUCUCUUCACAAGCAAAGUCAGCAGAUACAUUGAUUUCCCUUUUGAUCUCAAUAUGACUCCUUAUGCUAAAAGCGAUGAGCAAGAAACGUAUGAACUGAUAUCUGUCAUUACUCACAUUGGAGGAGCAGGAGGAGGGCAUUAUAUAUCUUACGCUAGAAACUUUGAUGACUGGUAUGAAUAUAAUGACUCACGUGUCAGUUCUGUUUCAAAUAAUGAUGUUCUUUCCACUGAAGGAUACUUGUUGUUUUAUCAAAGGAAGCCAUCUGAACCAAUCCCUUUACUUAACCUUGAGGAUAUUGCACCACCUCCUGGAACUCUAAUUCCUUCUGAUAGUGUUUGCUAUAUUUCAAGGCACUGGCUUUUAUUGAGAAAUAGUACUGUUAAUCCAGGACCAUUAAUUCCUUUUGAUUUUGCCUGUGAACAUGGUGGAAUAAUGCCUGGUAAGGAAUCAAUAGCAAGGAAGGUAGCUAUUCCCAUUCGAAGAAGUGUGUGGCAGGAACUUGUGGAAAAACAUGGUGGUGGUCCUCUUGUAAAAGUUUUAGAAACUUGUGAAAAGUGUCAUGCCUAUCUAGAGGAGUUAAAAACACGUCGUAAGAAGGAAAGAGACGGAGUAAAUGAGAUCCAAACAGCUAACAAAGGCAAACCAGAGACAGUUCUAUUGUCAUGUACUUGGCUAAAAGAAUGGCAAGAUUUCAUUCAUUGUGAUUCAUUGAGCCAGUUACCUCCUGAACCAAUUGAUAAUUUUCCUGUGUUAAAUAUAUUGGAUGAAGGUCGUACUAUCUCACUAAAUAAAAAGCAAAAGCAUCGUUGUAUUGCAUUGCCUGUGUGGAAAUAUUUGCGUGAUCAGUAUGGAGGAGGCCCUCUUGUAACCACUUCAAAGGAACAUUGACUUUAAAUUUAUUCAUAGUUUUUAUUGUAAUUUUAUGUUUCUAUGGUAACAAAAUUUUUAUUGUAAUAACAA